GAAUCAAUGAAUCGCAUUAUAGUUGGGAAAAUGAACUAAUCGAAGCCCCUCGGAAAGCGUAAUGAUUUGGUUUCUGAAAAAUGCAAUGAAACUGCAGAGAAUAUCACAAUUAAGUACAGAGAAAUAACACUGAAUCUUUCGGAGAACGUAAACAACGCGUUUUGUGUAAUUCAGCCUCUAUUUUGAAGGAAAAAAUGAACACGCGCAGCGGUGUCGCUAAGCUACCCAGCACACUACGGCAGGCAUCUGCCAGGACGUCGCGUGGCUCUAGAAAACCUACACCAACUGCAGGAGGUGGAAUAAGCACGUACUCCAGUCCUUAUUUCUCAAGUGACUCGGGACUGCUAGUAUCUCAAGAUGGGAAAACGACUGAUAAUCUUAGUGUGGAUGUAUCGCGUGAAUUGUGUUCAACAAGUGCCGAAAGAAACAAAGUCUGUGGUGUAAAAGGCGCCGAAAAUGCUUGUCAAGCAGACUCAAGCUUCGUGAUGACCAAGGGUAAAAAAUCUCUUUCCAAAAGCAAGCCCUAUGCUGUUGUCUCACUUCGCUCAAGAAAGAAUGACGACAAGGAGCCUAUUCCUAGUAUUGAAAAUUCUGUUGGUGCAUUACAGGAAUCGUUAACCCAACCGGAUGGGAACGCCACUGCUCCAUUGAGCAUCUUAUCGAGUUUAGAUUACCCAUGUUCAUCAUUGUUGGGUUCAUCUUCGAAUAUAAUUGGACAAAAUUCUUCGUCAAGCUCUUCGCUGACGUCACAUAAUGUCAAUGCUCCCUCCGAUUCGCUUUCGAACAAAUCCUCACGCACUUUCACUAAAUCCUCGACUCGUUCUCCAACAUCGUCCAAUGCCCGAGGUCCAUCCAAAUCCCCUCGCAAGGUUCCUCCACCGAAGGUGUCACCUCCUGUGUACUGGCAGUCUGUGCUCUCCAACAUCAGAACAAUGCGUGCUGCCCGAGACGCACCUGUGGACACCAUGGGAUCAGACCAGUGCGGGGACAAGCUCACCAGUCCUGAGGUGCGGCGGUUUCACGUACUCGUGUCACUCAUGCUCAGCAGCCAAACAAAAGAUGAAGUGACGUACGCAGCCAUGCAACGACUGCGGCAGCGCGGCUUGACCGUGUCGCAGAUUCUCGAGCUACGGCCUGACGAGCUCGGUCUUCUCAUACGACCUGUCGGCUUUUGGAAGAAGAAAGUAGUGUACUUGCAGGAGACGUGCAAGAUACUCGCCAGCAAAUACAACUCUGACAUCCCCGACACGAUCGAGGGACUCUGUGCCUUACCAGGGGUCGGCCCCAAGAUGGCACACCUCUGCAUGGAGAUCGCGUGGGGGAAGGUUACCGGCAUCGGGGUGGACACUCACGUCCACCGCAUCAGCAACAGACUCGGGUGGACUGGUGAGGGCACCAAGACCCCUGAAGGCACUAGGAAGGCUCUAGAAGACUGGCUGCCUCGCGAACUAUGGAGUGAAGUCAACCUUUUACUCGUAGGCUUCGGGCAGCAGAUCUGUCUGCCCAUUCACCCGAAGUGCAACGGAUGCCUCAAUAAAGACUUGUGCCCGUACGGCCGGAGGUCCAGCCAGUCUACGUCUCAAAAAUCACCCAAACAUGGCGAUGUCAAUGCUAAAAAAAGUGAACAAUAAUACUCGUGACGCAUCAACGAUUGGUCGUGAUCGUAGCUCUGAUGGAAUAUUUCAUCACUCUUUUGUAGCCAUCGUUUUUUCGUUUUCUUCUAUACCUCCGGAAAUCUGAGUUUUGGUUCUGAUGAAAAUCACCGCACCUUAACGACUGAACUACGAGACCAAUUAUCUAAUUGUGAAGGAAUAAAUUAAACAUACUAAGAUGUAAUAUUUCAUAAAUUAACUGGUUUGAUUAAUAAAUAUACAAAUAUCUUCUCGAAUUGUCAAGACACGGAUUAUUUGUUCCUUUACCAGCUUUAAUUUGGGCAUCACAGUUAGUUAAUUUUACUGAGUCACCAAAAAUUCUUACGCUAAUUUGUUUUCGAUAUCGGAGACAUGUUGCUUCAAUUUCGAGACUCAAAUGAUUUUUUUGCAGACUGAAGUUAAUGAAGUUUUCUAUGCAAUUU